AUGCCAGCUGUCCUUGAGAGAGGCGACAAUGUUGCGCAAUGGAAUGUCCGUAAGGCACUGGAUAGCUUCACACCGCCUUGUCCUUUAUACAGUGGAUAUCUUUUGAAGCUAGGCUCGAAUAACCGCUGGCAGUCGCGGUUGUUCACGUUCGAUGGUGCAGUGUUAACCUGCAUCGGCAAGAGACCAAGGACGCCUCCUAUCAUAACUUACGAUCCCCAUGUGUCAUCACCGUUUGUCUCUGCGUCAAAAUAUCCAUUGUUCCAUAGUCCGAACAUAAAAUGGUUCCUCAGGUUGAUCUCCAUCGCCGACAUCCGUCUCAUGUCCUCUACGAGGGCCUACCACUGCAUUCCUUAUGGUGAUGCAUCACGCUCACUUCUGAUACGGACUACGGAUGGCACAACAUUGACUCUGAGGGCCAAGAAAGAUCUAGAGCUUGAGCGCUGGUAUUUUAUUUUGUCCAAGAUGUGGUCCUACCAUCAAUUGCAGAACCAACAGCCGCCGCGCGAGAACCUACCUGUUAACAAUGAACAAGGAAUAGAGCAACAUAAUGGAUCACAACAACAACAGCAACAACCUCAAUAUCAGCAGUAUCGUCGGUAUAUCCCAAUCACCAAACCCCAUCCUGACCACCUCCAAUUUGGAGACCACCACCCCACUACCAUGUCCAGUUUGCUACCAGCGCACGAGCAGUCUAUCCAUCUAUUUAACAAGUAUCUAGAGCGCCAACAGCACGAGAACGACUCACAGAGAUACCAACCCGCGCAACUGCACCCGCCCCGACAGCAGCAACAACAACGCGUUUUGCGCCCAUGGCAAAACCAGCAUUCAGCACCCUUUAGUGACGUAAAGUCGUGUGCGAGUUUUCUGCAGCAUCAGAUUCCACCCCCCAAAGUGUCUGCGUUCUUGCCCAAAAAUUUGGAUUGGUCUCAGUGCUACUACCCCCAGCAGCACGAGGGCAGCGGCAACGAUAGCGAUUCCGGAGAAGACCUUGAGAACAGCGAGGAGGAUAUUUGUGUCUUUCUAAAGUCACCUAGCCAGAAAUCCGUACCAAUUGCAUCUCAGACCAUCGGCUGGCGAGGAGCAAUGGAGCCCGCCAAAGCUGCUGUGGUUGACAUGUGGCGCCCGAGUCUUUUGAAAAAAAUUAGGUCAUGCUCUCCCCAUCCAGACAGCUCGGAGAGCCAGAUUGUGAAAUGGGCUACGAAGUUCAAAAUCCUUCCUGGUAAAAGAUGUCCCAGUCACGAGCUAGGCUUUGAGCUGACACGGAAUAAGGCCCCGGAGCCUGGGAAGGAGGAUGACGCAUUCAGCUCUAUGUCAUCUGCCAGUAGCAGCAGCCGCUCAAAAUGGCCAUCGCUCACGAAACAACUCGACCGACCGCGUCAACUCACUGGGGGCUUUCCAAGAAAAUCAACUGCCUUCUAUGAUCAAAGUCGUCAGCAGCUGAGGAUAUCGAGCUAUACCGACGACAACGUUCCUUUGGGGAUGGUAAAGUACAGACACACUGGUCAUGGAAGAGGGGAGGUCCCCGUUACUGGACCUGGAAUCCAGCAUCAGCCGGUUCUACAGAAGCAAUCGCAUGAAAACCAGGCUGCAGCAAAGGAUGGUAUUCUUGAUCCAGAACACUCGGAUGUGGGCCGGUUCUCACGGUGGCAAAAGACACAGCUGCCUUCUGAGGACGACUCUGGCACUAAUCAGGAAUCGCUACCUUCUGAGGACGGCUCUGGCACUAAUCGGGAAUCAUUCUCAGCUCUGACCAUGCAAGGCGCGAGUCGAUGCUUGUAUCUCGCGCCUCCUAAUCGCGACCUAUACCUGAGCUCGAACCACCGAGACUGCGAAUCACGCACGACCUUGUUCAACAAUCGCAUCAGUAACGACAGGAACGACAGCCAUAGCAAUAACUACAGUAGCAAGGUUGACCCAACUCGAAAAAGUCCGUCCACAUCGAUUGCUGUCAGACCGUCACCACCACCACCACCACCACCGCCACAGCACAACAGCAAGGUUAUCCCAACCAGUUCAGGAAGGUGGCCUUCGAUUUCCGCGCUGGAGAUAGUUAUUCUGAAGACCACAGCUGUCACUAGCGCUUGUUCUCUUGCUAUGGCAGGAUCUGAUUGCAGCUGCGAGGAAGCAGGGGCGACGAUCCUCAGUUCAUCUAGCCUGCGCACCCCACAUCGCCUGUCAUCCUCGUGUUCAGUCCCCUCGCUAAGUCUUCACGGCUCCAACUUUUCCCAUUUUUCAGCCCACAAGCCUAGCUGUGCAUUCCCCUCGCAGGCCAAUGUGUCUGAGGGCCGGAUGACGAGCAGGCAAGCGUCCUUGACCUCGACCAAUGCACUAUCAAGCCCUCUACCAUGCAAGAACGAAGCUAUCUCUGCAUCUAUCCAAGUGCCUGGAAAUAGAUCGUCGGUACCUCCACGUCUCGUUCCUUCCUAUGCUACCCCUCCACCUCCACCGCGGCCUCCGCGGAGGCGGCCCGCUCCUUCUCGACCCUCCAAGAAUGCGUAUUCUCUAGACAGCAACGAAAGUAUAAGACCAAUCUUCGCAUCGCUGGACUUGAAAGGCAACAAGGAAAGUGAAUCGAUGUCCACUUUCGAUCAGGCAUCCUCGCUAGCAAGACUUUCCCAUUCGAUGUCCGUUCCGUCAAACUCCCAGGGGGCUCAGGGUAUAGGCCAGGGCUUGGAUCUCGGUCAGGGACGCAACGCGCCGGCUCACGCUUCAGAAGGUGACAUGAAUGGGUUAACGAGGUUGGGAAGAACAAUGCGAGGACAAGAUUCAGAGCAAAAGCAGCAGACCAGGCAGGUACACGAUCCAACGACAGCAGGUCGUUAUAUGGGCAGACUCUCAUUGCUCCUGUUGACAGCCUCGGAUGUUGAAGACGUGGUGGAUGCUGACAUAGAAUCUGUGCUAUCGGAUGAGAGUUUCUGUUACUUUUAGAAAGAAAGAAAAAAGCGG